GUUGUUUUGAGCGGAAAAGGCCGAAGAGUAACUUCCUGGAAACAAACAUCAUCAUCGGUCCAAAUAAAUAAUUUAUUGUCAGUUCAUCAACAUUCAGUUUCUGAAGUCCCGGCAGCCCGGUGACUCACCGUAACACACCGACACUCACAGGAACUACCGGACCGGUUUCGGUACUUUGUUACAUCCGUUAUCCGACCCAGUUAUUUAGCUGUACCUGCCGUUAGCUUAGCAUAGCCCACUCGAGUUGUUCGCUUGGACCCGGACCGGAUUGGAUCAGCAUCGUUUGAGUGAUGGGAGCCCACCGCAGUGAGGGAGGCCGGGACUGGAUCGAGCCGGAGGGUCCGGAGCAGAGUCCGAAUCCAUGGAACCUGAUGAUCAAGCACAGACAGAUUCACAGACGAGGACGGCGCUCACACAUGACAGUCAGCUACACUGAUCCUCAGGUGUCCAUGGACCUGCUGAGGGCGGUGCUUCAGCCCAGCUUCAACGAUGACAUCAUGGCCGUGUUCAGAAAGUACCAGAAGUUCUUUGACAAAGCGGCGGAGAACGUGAAGGAGAACGUUGGCGAUGACGUUCCGACCGAUCAGCUGAUCAAAGAGGCCUGUAGGAACGUCCUGGAACAUGCCAAACAGCUGUUUCCAGAGCCAGAGGUGAAGAGGGCGGGGUCAGAAGUUGUGAUCAAGAGGUCCAGACCUGCCGAUGAAGACUACGUCCAGAGAGGGAGCCCCGUCCCGAAGAAGAGGAGGGCUCGUCCAGGUGUGUCUGCCGCCUCUGACAGACCUCACAGCUUCUCCACUCCAGUGAAGCCCAAAUCUGAUCCCAUCAAGAGAGAAGGACCAAAGUGGGAUCCGUCCAGACUGAACGAGGGCAGCACGUUUGUUCUCGGCUCUCGAGCCAACAAGGCGCUGGGGAUGGGUGGGACCAGAGGACGCAUCUACAUGAAACACGCUGACCUGUUCAAGUAUGCAGCUGAUGCGAAGGAUAAGCAGUGGUUGGCAGAGAGACACCACAUGAAGGCGACAGGAGGGAAGAUGGCGUACCUGCUGAUAGAGGCGGAUAUCCAAGAUCUUUUUCACAGUGACGAGUACAAGGACUGUCCGGAGGUCAGGGUGGAUGAGAUCAAGCCGUUCUCAGUUCCUCUGUGGAUGGUGGAGAAGAUGCAGAGAGCCAUGGAGGCUCAGAGAGACUCUGACCCCUGAACCCCUAACUGGAGGGAAAAAAAAACCUGCAAGAGUUUGUAGAAACUGACGAGCCAAUCAGGGAGCAGGGAUUGAUCAUGUGACCAUCAGGCUCUGAUUGGCUGCUUCUGUUUUUAUAUUUACUGCUUUUUAUAAAAUAAAAACAUCUUUUGUAACCUGUU